AUGGCAGAAACCAAGGCGCAGGCGGACGCUGCGGCCGCGGCGACGGCACAGGCAGACGCCGCCUCUGGUAGUGACGUCGGUGAAGCGACGUCCGCAGCGCCAGCGGAGCCCACCCAACACGCUCAACCGACCGGGCAGGACCUCUUGCAGCCUGACGAGGCCGCGGCCAGGGGCGACAGCCGGCCACCCUCGACCAAGUCGCGCACGCCUCCCAAGUCGCUCGACAUCGACAAGUCUAGGCCCCAAGACUUUGACGGGGAGCUGGCGACGACAGACGAGCUGCCACCGCCCGAGACGCUGCGCAAGAUCGACAACUACGUGGUGCUCGACCGGCAUGGCAAGACGCACACCUUUCAGAGCCUCUACAGCGGGCGGAACGUCGCGAGGCGCGUCCUAGUCGUCUUUGUGCGGCACUUCUUUUGCGGUAACUGCCAGGAAUACCUGCGCUCCCUCUCCGAAUCCAUCAAGCCCGAGGCUCUCUUGCGACUGCCGAUAAGCACAUUCGUCGUCGUCGUCGGGUGCGGCGACCCCGCCCUCAUCGACAUGUACGUCGAGGCGACGGGGUGCCCGUUCCCCGUCUACACGGACCCGACGCGGUCGCUGUUCGACGAGCUCGGCAUGGUCAAGACGCUGGCCCUGGGCGCGAAACCCGCGUACAUGAAGAGGGGUAUGCUGCGGACCAUGGCCGAGGGCAUCGGACAGGGGCUGCGCUCCAUCCCGCGCGGGCUCGCUCUCAAGUCGGGGGACCAGCGGCAGGUGGGCGGCGAGUUCCUGCUGGAGCCGCUGGACGCGGUGACGCCCAUCGGCACGCCGCAGGAUGAGCGCCAUAAGCGCGCCGCCAUCGGGACGGCGGAGCCACAGGGAGGACAGGACGGCGCGGAUGAUGGCCCGAUAGAGGAGAAGCGGGUGACGUGGUGUCAUCGCAUGAGGACAACGAGGGACCACGCCGAGAUACCGGAGCUGAUGGAGAUCCUUGGGCUCGAUGGUCACGGCCAGCCGAUCAAGGACGAGAAGAGGUGGUCCAAGGCGCUCCAGGAGCGGAAAGGGACGGGGCUGAGCAUGGCGAGCGAGAUGAGCAAGAUUGGCGAGGCCGAGGAGAAGACGUCCUGA